AUAUGCAUCACGUCAAACGGCUGAGUCCAUGAUAUGGCAUUCUAAUCAUGAAUCAAUCGGGAAUUUGAUGGGUCAUCCUUCUGAUAGUGAGGCGUGGAAACACAUUGACAAUAUGUAUCCUGACUUUGCCUCAGAUCCACGUAAUGUUCGAUUGGGAUUGUGUUCUGAUGGAUUUGCUGCACACGGGCAGUAUGGUGCAUCCUAUUCAUGUUGGCCCGUUAUUCUCACGACGUACAAUCUUCCUCCUGGUAUGUGCAUGAAAUCUCCAUACAUGUUCUUAUCUCUCAUUAUUCCUGGUCCAAUGUGUCCCAAGAGAAAAAUUGAUAUUUAUUUACAACCGCUUAUUGAUGAGUUGAAACAUCUUUGGGAUGAGGGUUCUAGAACGUAUGAUGUGGCAAAAAAUGAAAUGUUUUCUAUGCGAGCUGUUUUAAUGUGGACAAUUAGUGAUUUUCCAGCAUAUGGGAUGCUCUCAGGCUGGAGUACUGCUGGAGUUUUAGGAUGUCCUAUUUGUAUGGAAAAUAGCAAGGCUUUCCACCUUAAGUAUGGUGGAAAAGCAUGUUAUUUUGACUGUCACAGACAAUUCCUUCCACGCAAUCACUCUUAUCGUAGAGAUGUAAGUUCCUUCACAAAAGGAAGAAAGGAAACUAGUCGUCCACCUAUUAGAUUAUCGGGAACACAAAUAUAUGAUCGUGUCGCGGUGAUGGAUACAGUUGUCGAUGAUCCCCAUGAAUUACCUGAAGGUUAUGGUACAACUCAUAAGUGGACAAAAAAGAGUAUAUUUUGGGAUCUCCCGUAUUGGAAAAAUUUAUUAGUCAGGCACAAUUUGGAUGUUAUGCACAUUGAGAAGAAUGUGUUUGACAAUUUAUUUUAUACAAUAAUGAAUGACAAAGAAAGGACGAAAGAUAACUUGAAGGCACGGAAGGAUGUUGGAAUUUACUGUGAUCGUCCUAACAUAGGUGUGACCUCUGAUUUUGUUGAUAAAAUUAAUAAGGCUGUAUACACAGUUACAACUGAGCAGAAAAAAGUCAUACUGGCAUGGAUUGCUUCUAUCAGAUUCCCAGAUGGUUACACAUCUAACUUUCGUAGAUGUAUUAGUGCAGAUAGUUUAAGAGUAGUGCAUAUGAAAAGUCAUGAUUGCCAUGUUUUUAUGCAAAGACUUAUCACGAUAGCAUUUCGUGAAAUGCUCCCAAAAACUGUGUGGCAGUUAAUUGCUGAGCUAAGCCAAGUCUUCCAAACCCUGUGCACACGUGUGGUAGAUGUUGAGUUGCUUAAACAAUUAGAGAAAUCUGUAAUUCUUUUGCUAUGCAACAUGGAGAAAAUAUUUCCACCAGGAUUCUUUACUGCAUCUGUACAUUUAAUCGCUCACUUACCCUAUGAAGCAAGAGUGUGUGGAUCAGUGCAAUACAGAUGGAUGUAUAUGUUUGAGAGGUUUCUUGGGAGCCUAAAAAAGAAAAUCACUAAUAAAGCACAUAUUGAGGCAUCCAUAUGUAGUGCGUACAUUUUUGAGGAGCUGUCAAUGUUUUCCUCUUACUACUUUGAAACACCAAUACGUUCUAAACGUAUAAGACAUUCUCGAAACAAUGUUGCUGCUUCAUCUUCUUCAAGCUCAAUGAGGUUCUCAAUUUUCAAUCAUCCUGGUCGUGGACAUGGGAAGUCUACUUUACGGUACAUUGUUGGUGAAGAAUUAAAAGUUGCAUACACAUAUAUCUUACUUAAUUGUGCAGAAGUGAGACCAUAUUACGAAAUGUUUUCGAACUUCAUUGAAUCACAAGGUCACAUGAACGUGGAUCACAUUAUCGCCAGAGACUUCUCUGAAUGGUUUAGUGCUUAUGUGAAGAAUCCAUACAAUGGAGUUUCUGACCCCUUAAUAACAGCACUAGCAUGCGGUUUAAAUGCCCGGGCUCAAUCACGUCCUGCAUACAUAGUAGGUGGUUAUACAUUCCAUACACGAUCUUAUGGAAUCAGGAAAAAAACAUAUAAUAGUGGAGUAUGUGUUCGUUCAUCAAAUUACAAUAACUCAAGUACAGAUUGGAUCGGGACUUUAGAAGAGGUACUCGAGGUCGAAAUACUUAGUCCUCUAAAGCUACAAGUUGUGUUGUUCAAUUGUACAUGGGUUGAUCCUCUGCGUGGUAUGCGGGCACAUGAAAAAUAUAAUAUUGUUGAUGUGAAGCUUGAUUGUGUUUAUCGAGUUUUUGAGCCAUUUAUCUUAGCAGAACAAGCAACACAAGUGUUCUUUCUCGAAUACCCAAUGGGCCGUACUGCAGCGCUACGUGGUUGGAAAUGUGCAUGCAAAGUUAGAGCACGGAAUGAUAUUCAAGGAGAAUGGAAGAGGGUUGAUGAUGAACCAUACCAAGUCGAGGAAACUGAACCACCUCCCAUUGUUGAAAUUAUGGAGGGCUUGAUAGAGUUACAAGAUCCUGGAAUAGAGAUAGAUAUUCCUUUAGUUGAAGUUCUUCAAGCUAUUCCAACUGAUGACAUUGCUCAGAAUGUUAGCGAAUACGCUGAAGAAUAUGGAGACGAAGAUGAAAGAGGUGAAGAAGACAAUAAUCAAAGUGAUCCAGAUGAGGUAAUAUGUGAAGAAGAUGAUAACAGCUCAGACGGAGAGGUUUAGAUCGACUUCGUAGUUUUUAUGUAAUGUCAUGUCGUGCUUUUAUUUUAGUACGUUGAACAAUGAAUAAUAC